CUCCCCCUUGCUUCCUCCUCACUUAUUCUCUCUCUCUCUCUCUUCCCUGAGUCACAACUCGAUCGAGACGUACGGAAUACAAUAUUAGUACCUUGGCAACAAGAAAGAAACAUCAAUACGAGAGAGAAUUGUGGGCGAUCAUGGGGAGGGGAAGAGUACAGCUGAAGAGGAUCGAGAACAAGAUCAACAGACAAGUGACUUUCUCGAAAAGAAGGUCUGGUUUGCAGAAGAAAGCCCACGAGAUCUCUGUCCUUUGCGAUGCCGAGGUUGCCCUUAUCGUCUUCUCCACCAAGGGCAAGCUCUCUCAAUACUCCAGCGACCCCUGCAUGGAAAAAAUACUUGAACGCUAUGACAGGUAUUCGUAUACAGAAAGGCAGCGAGCUGCACCUGAUCGUUCAUCAACUGAAAACUGGACUCUAGAGCACGCAAAGCUUAAGGCUAGGAUGGAGGUCCUGCAAAGAAAUCAAAAGCAUUAUAUGGGAGAAGACCUGGAAGGCCUAAGUCUAAAAGAGCUUCAGACUUUGGAGCAUCAGCUAGAUAGUGCUCUCAAACAUAUCAGAACGCGCAAGAACCAGCUCAUGCAUGAAUCAAUUUCUGAGUAUCAGAAAAAGGAUAAGAAACUGCAGGAACAAAACAACUUGCUGGUUAAGAAGAUAAAGGAGAAAGAGAAGGCGAUGGCACAACAGGCAAAUGGGGAAAAGCACAAUAUAAACCAUGAACAACCACCACAAUUGCCACCCUCGCAUAACAUGGGAGGGUCGUCCCUAGAAGAAAGGGAUGGUGGAGAAGAUAACCAAGGAUUGACGACUCAGACCAGCCCUUUGCUUCCCCCAUGGAUGCUUCCCCCGGUCAACGGAUGAGAGUAUGUUCGAGUGCUAUAUAUCUUCAUAUAUGCUACCGUAUAUAAAUUAAAAGAUCUUGUCUGGAGCAACGUUUCUUAAUUGUGAUGGUAAGAGGAAUAUAUAUUUAUUUACAUAAAUGUAAAGGGUAAGUACGCGAUGAUUAAGUUCAAUGCGUACGGACGGCGGUGAAAUAUAUAUGACCAGAUU